AGUGCUCAAGAUGGUGCCACAUCAGCACAUCCAAUUUCAACCACUGCUGAGGAGAAAAAUCAAAAGGAAGAUCAAGACCAUGCUGUUAAAGAAAGCACUACUCAAAUACAGGAACAGUUGGCCACUGGUGAAUCAGAACCAACCAGAGAGGAUGCUACAUCAUCAGAUAUCAUUACAGGCUCAGCCACAGCAGAAAGUGGAAUCACAUCCUCAUCUCUCCAUAUGACACAUUUGGAAAGUGAAUUAGCUGCUCCCCCUCAAAUUACAGAUACUUGCAAAGAGAAAAAUAUGCUAAUUGCUGUAACUGCUGAAAGUAAUUCUGAAUCAUGCAAUAAGCCAACAACACAUGAAACCAACUUGUCUGUUUCCACAAUACUGCCAUCCCCUGGAACUGCAGGUGGCAAAAUACCAGCACAUGAAGCAGAGAAUGCAUUGAGUAACAAAGACGACAGACCAGAUGAACAUCAAACUGCUGCUGACAAGCCGAGAAGAAAACCCAGUAAGUCGAUCAAGAUCAGGCUUCAAAAUAUGUUAAAGAAAAAAAAGGAAACAUCGCCCAACAAAACUAAGGUUGCUGAUAUUAAUUCAGACGAGGAGACAGAUUCAGAACUGACAGAGACAAGGGAACCAGGAAAUGAAGAUAUAGGUAUCUACAGGCAAAAAACUUCACCCUGCCUUUCUGGACCUCAAGUGGAAGAGAAUAUCUUGAUGCCAUCCAGUAAAUUUCAGAUACCAGAAGAUUCAUCAAUCAAUGAAGAAAUACUGGUGUACUUUCAUGCUGUCAUUUCUAAAGAAUUUCAUUUGGAACCCAAGAAAGACAUGGUUGUCUUAAAAUCUGAAGUGUUGUUUGGAAGCUGGGAUGGUUUUAUUGAAAUGGUCCCCAGCCAUCUUGGGGACAACCAAUAUCUUAUUGAAGUACAGUAUCGGGUUCCCAAGGAAAAAAUUCAAGAGAGCAUUCCCUACAAAUAUGCAGUUUGCAAAAAGGAGUAUGGCUUUAUCUAUGAGACCAUCAUCCGGAAAGAGAAAAAUGACCUCAUCAACAGGUGCCUAACCAUCAAUCCAGAGCUUUUAACAGCAGAAGGUGAGUGGCACCAAUAUGAUGAUAUGAUCCAUCCCAAACCAAAGAGUAAUUGGCUUUGGAAUUCUACAGAAAAAACUGUGAUAGAAGGGAGAAACUUUGCUGGCAGGGAAAUGUUACAAAUAAUCUUUGAUCAUCUCAAAACUUGGAAUGAACAGAAAGUGGGAGAAUUCUUUUCCCUACUGGAGCAGUUCUUUUAUACAUACAGUGGUCCUCUGCUUCAUGAUGGUAGAGAAAGACGAUGGGGAUUACCAUAUGAUUCAAAUCAGGUGAAAUACCUUCUUAAACAUUUUCUGGAGAAACACUUCAGUUUUGAUGCUAUAAAGAAGACAGCAAGAAUACCACCUCUCCAUGCGGGGAUUAUUGGUUUGCUUGUUUACAACAAGAAUCUGAUCCAGAUCAUGGAAGAACAUGACUACCUGAUAGACAUUGAUCAUCUUCUUGUGCACUCUUGGAUGUCUCUGAUGGGAGUUGGUUACCUAAUGAAGGACAAAUUGAUUAUGCGUGUUGAACUUCGAGACAUUCUUCAAUAUUUGCAGUUCAUUGUCAGUUCUGGCAACCGUGAACACAUGUGCAUGUUGUCGACCGCUCAACGGGAAGACCCCGGCAUAGGACAAGUGUGGACAGCUCUGAGUAAUGGGAAUAGUAACCAAGUUGACAAGACCAAGCAACCAACUUGCUCUUUGCUGUUGAGAGAGUGGGACAGGUUAAAGAUGCAGAAAGGAGUGAUGUAUCGCAUUGUAACUCCUCCAGGAAAAUCACGCUGUUCUCAGUUGGUACUACCAGAAAAGUAUAGAGUCCCUGUACUGAAAUCACUGCACGAUGACUCAGGCCAUUUGGGCCUCGACAAGACAUACGGCUUGGUAAGAAACCGGUUCUACUGGCCUCGGAUGAAGUCAGAGAUUGAAGAGUAUUGCAAGUCUUGUGAGAGGUGUAUAAAGAGAAAGACUCUACCCAAGAGAGCUGCACCUUUGUCGCAUUUGCAAAGUGAUGGACCGUUCGACCUCGUUUGUAUGGACUUUCUGUCCAUAGAGCCUGAUUCGAGCAGCAAAGAAAAUGUUCUGGUCAUUACCGAUCACUACACUCGUUAUGCUCAAGCUUUUCCAACAAAAGACCAGAGAGCCUCUACGGUUGCAAAGGUGUUGCUGGAGAAGUAUUUCGUUCAUUACGGACUGCCACGGAGGAUGCACAGUGAUCAGGGCAGAGAUUUUGAAAGUCGUCUUGUUCAUGAAGUGUUGAGUUCGCUUGGAGUUGAAAAGUCAAGAACGACGCCCUAUCAUCCUCAAGGAGACCCUCAACCCGAGAGAUUUAAUAGGACGUUGUUGGACAUGUUGGGGACCCUGGAACUGAACAGAAAGAAAAAAUGGAGUCAGCACGUCGUUCAUUUGGUUCAUGCUUAUAAUUGCACUCCAAAUGAAGCUACAGGUUUCUCUCCUUAUUUCCUUAUGUUUGGGCGUGAAGCUAGGUUACCUGUGGAUUUGUGUUUCGAGACUUCUAGUGAUGGCACACCACAGAAAACUUACCUCAAGUACGUUUCUGACCUGAGGAAGGAGUUAAAGGCUGCCUAUGAACUAGCAGAGUCCAUCGCUGCCAAACAGAAUGAGAACAAUAAGCAGCGGUAUGACAAAAGAAUCAGGUUCGCACAGCUGCUACCAGGAGACAGAGUCUUGCUACGAAACCUCGGGUUGCAAGGGAAGCAUAAACUGGCCGACCGCUGGGCGUCAAAACCAUAUGUUGUGGAAAGUAAGAUGCCGAACCUAUCAGUGUUCCGGUUGAAACCUGAAGAUGGUGAUGGACCAAUCAAGAUCCUCCAUCGAAAUCACUUACUGCCUCUUGGGGAGAGGAUAUGUCUAGACUCUGCAUCCCAUACGGAUCUCACCCCUACAAGGAGAGUCUUGCGACGGAGGAAACAGAAAGAAGGCACAGACAAGCCUGGAAAGGAAAAGACACUAUCGCAGAGAACGGCAGAUAAAGACUCUGAAAGGGAAGGAGUCACACCCGGUGAUAAAGAUGAGAAAGAGUACACUGACUCCGAAGAUGAGGAUUUUGGACUUUGGUGUGAUCUGACUGUUGAACCUCUCAGGUGCAACAUGGAUAGUGAUACUCUGGAACCAUUCAGUCUGGAUUUGGGUAUUUCCUUAAGCGACGGAGCUGAACAACCAAAAACAGUUGGGCUGGGAGUAACACAGGAAUGUGUAGAGGAACCUGAGACGGACAGUGUAGAGGACUCUGAGUCUAUUGAGACAACCGAAACGAACUACCAGAGACUGGCGAGAAUCGCGAAGAGACUGGCAAAGACAAAACACUGCCUGAAGACACUCUCUUGCAAGAAGAAGAUACUGGACUUAACUCUGAGACUAAUCCUGAUGUUGACAUUAAGGCCAGACCUCAGAGGUUAA